AUGAACGGUACUCCCCGACUUCGUUCUGCCUUUCCCCAGACGCCACAAACGGUCCGGAGACCAGCCCAGGGCCAACAUGGGCCCGUGCCGUUGGUUCCUGUGGAAAUAAUCGACCCGCCCUCACAACGAUUGUACGUGGUGGCAUUUUACUUGGCCCUCAAUGCUUGGAGGAUAUAUGAAUCUUGGACGGCUUCCGACGACCUCGACUCGACCUGGCUGUUUUUGAAAUGGGCCUCCAUCGAUGGCAUUUUCCUCUUCGGGCUCCAGGCGCUGCGGAUUCCCUGGAUGGAAUGGGCCUUUCCGACUACUCUUGCGAUCUUCCUUCUCCAUGUCGCUGGAAAUAUAUUCUUAAUGUUUCGGAUCCCGGUUCCGUUGGGCGCAUGGCUGUCGGGUAUGAUCAAAGUGGCCUACGACCGGGAAUUGUCGAUAUCCGAGCGCAGUGUGAAGCCGGGGGACAUCAUCCACAAUAGCUCGCUUAUCUUGGGAAAGCAAAUCGUCCACAUCCUGCCAGAGGGGUUCGCCGUUCUCAAUCCGGACCAAGCACCGUUUUGCUUAGAUUCACAUAAGAGCACCGUGAAUCUGCCCAUUCGAAUCAACCAAACGAACCCCAUCUCGAUUGAGAUUUUCCGCCUGGAUUUCAACUCUGGCGGCAACGAAACUAUCACGUUCUCUCAAAAGCAGCUGAAACCGCUGAAACGCCAAGCGAGUCAGAAAAAGAAAUCGGGAUCUAGUCGCGACCAGUCCCUAGAUAUUCUCCUCCCCAUCAAGCGUCAAGGCAUUUACCGCCUCAAGAGGGUCGUGGAUGAAUCCAACCUUGACGUUCACACGCGCGCAUCAGAUGCGCUUGUUGUUUCUUGUCCCAAAGCAGUGGCCCAGGUGUCGCAUGCACAUAAAUGCCGGGGUGAGCUCUCCAACCUGGUAUUGACAGUCGAAGGCACGCCACCGUUGCAAAUCAAGUAUAGCAGGCAAAUCAACGGCCUUGACCGCGGUUUCUCCUUUCAGAAGAUCCAACCGGAUCAUUUGCGGUCCCCAUUGUUGGGCCAGAGGAAUUCCGGUAUCUUUUUCAGUUCACGAGAGCUGGACGUCUCCUGGGCCCAAAGCCAAUCGAUUCAAGUUCCCUUAAAUGAGUCCUUGAACGUCGGGGGUGAAUGGCUGUAUACCAUCGAAGAAGUUCAUGAUGGCUCUGGGAACGUCGCAAACUACUCGAUGAAUGCUGAUGAAUCAGAUAAUUCCGCGGCGAAGUCCUUACCUCCAUCUCACCAGAUAGCUGUCCACGAAAGGCCUAGGGUGUCCUUGUCAGGAUGUAACGAUCAGAACUUCAUUGAGGCUCCACGGGGUGAAACAGUCAAUCUACCAUUGAAGUUUCAGCAUUCAGGACGGGACUACGAGAACGACGGUCCCUUCACCCUCACGUAUGCCUUCAAUGGGAACGAAGAUGCAUCCACUAGCGAUAUUCCCGGGAAAGUUCGUCAGUUGUCUCUAGGGACUCUGGAUCAGAAAACUUAUAUCAAGGAUCCCGGAUGGUACAGCCUAAACCAUGUUGCCAGCCAGUUUUGUGCAGGAGAAGUGCUGGAGCCGUCGUCUUGUUACCUUCACAAUCCCCCUGAACCGGAGUUGGCUGUCAAGUAUGAAAAGAUCUAUGACAAAUGUGCCAAUAACCCGGUCGGAUUGCUUGUCGACCUGGACCUCACCGGCUCUCCGCCGUUCAGGCUUCGAUAUGUUGUGGAGCGACCGAAAGGUGUCGAGACUAAGACCAUGACGAUUGACGGCUUACGAACCCAGAUUGACCUAACUCCGUCGGAGGCGGGAUCUUAUCGCUAUCGCUUCCUGGACAUUGCCGAUGCCGUCUACGCGCCCAGGUCGCUCAAGGAUAAAACUCCUGUCCUGGAACAAGACGUGAAGCCUCCCGCCUCAGCGCAGUUCCUUGGGUCGAGAGAGCGGCGCAGGGCAUGCUUUGGAGAGCCCGUGGCGGUUGAUGUGGCUCUAUUCGGUGAAGCGCCGUGGACUUUGCAAUAUGAGCUGGUCCAUAAUGGAAAGAAGAGCAAACAUACUCUGAAAUCCGAGGGUGAUAUUGCCACGAUCAUGACGGAAAAGCUCAUCAGUGGUGGUGAAUACAACCUCGUACUAACAAGUAUCAAGGACCGCUCAAAUUGCAAACGAACUCUCAAGGACAGUGUCACGAUCGAUGCUCGAUCAAAACCACCGCAGGUAGCGUUCGGCCAGAUUGAAAAGAGUAGGGAAUAUUCAGCAUUGCAGGGCACCCCGGUCGAUAUUCCCCUCAGACUGAAUGGGGAACGACCAUGGCUAGUGAUGUACAAAAAUUUGGAUGCAGGCGCUUCUGUAACCGAACAGACCUUUUGGCAGGAAAAUAGUGUCUUGACUGUGAGCCAGGAAGGUCGUUAUGAGCUCGUUGGGAUAACCGAUAGCUCGUGUCCUGGCCAUGUUGAUCAGACAGCCAACAUCUUUCAGGUAUCCUGGAUACCGCGGCCUCAUAUCACUGCAGUGGAUGGUUCGCCUAUUGGGAAGGCCGAACGUGUGGCGAAGCGCGAUGUUUGUCAAGGCGAUGACGACAGUGUUGAGCUUCGCUUCUCGGGGAGUCCGCCGUACAGCAUCCAGUAUGAACAACAGCGAAAAACAAGCCGUGGCUCGUCCUCCGUCCGAUUGCAAAGUUUGAAAACAGCACUUCAGACAGCAUCCCUGGAAAUGGAUACCUCUGAGGCUGGAACCUACACGUACAAGUUCACGGAAGUCGGAGACAACCUUUAUGACCAUGACCCGGGACGCACCCCCGUGGUUUUGACUCAAACUGUUAACCCGCUCCCAUCGGCCAAAUUCGAUGCUCCUGGCCGUAUCUACGGAUUCUGCAAAGAAGAUGUCAGCGGCGAAGAGCUUAUCCCGAUCACCUUGGAGGGAGUCCCCCCAUUUUCGCUCGAAAUCUCCAUCAAACACCACUCGAAGGCCAAGCCAGAAGUUGUGACCAUUCCGAACAUCAAAUCCAACAGGCACAACCUUCCUAUUCCUCGGCGUCACUUGGAUUUGGGUCAGCAUGUCGUCAGCAUUAACAAGGUCCGAGACUCACGUGGAUGUCAAACGACGACCGAAUAUGACGCCGCCUCUGUGAGAGUGGCCGUUUCCGAUGUGCCGACUAUCAUCCCCUUGGAAUCCAAGACCGACUAUUGUGUUGGCGAACGGCUUUCGUUCUCGCUGUCUGGACAUGCUCCGUUUGAUGUAUUCUAUACAUUCGAUGGCGCUUCCAGAAAAGCUUCCUCCAAGACCACUAAUUUCCGCCGUAUCGCCGAGCGACCUGGUGUAUUCACCAUCACUGGGGUCAGCGACGGGGCGAGUGGUAAUUGCAAAGCACACAAGAACAUCGUCAAGACUAUCCAUGAGAUGCCUAGCGUCAGGAUCAGCAAGGGCCAAACCUCGAUAGUUGAUAUCCACGAAGGUGGAGAGGCUGAACUCCAUUUUGAAUUCUGGGGAACUCCUCCUUUCGAAUUUACGUACAUUCGGAGCUCAAACGUGCGGAAAGGAAAGAAGCCGGACAUCCUUGACAUCAAGCAUGACGUCUCGAACGAGUACAAAAAGACCAUCAAAACAUCCGACGAAGGAACUUACGAAGUCGUCGCGAUCAAGGAUAAGUUCUGCUCAUUCUCCUCGCAGGAACCGGUAGAAAGGGCCGGCAAGUCAAAGACGAGCUCUUAAUAGACUAGGGAUGAUUGAAGUUGGUGUCUUGAUAGUUAUCUGGUGUGCGUUUCAUGUCUUCAUUUAGGGUACAAUGACUGCAUUAACGGCGCUGU